AUGAAUCUUUUUAAUUGUUUUCAUCUUACUCUGAUAUCCCGUAAAGGUACUGCAGAAUUGUUAAAUUAUCGUAUGACAUCAAUUAGGUUUUCAAAACUCUCGAAAGCUUCACCUUUCUUCUUUUUUUUUCUAGUUGGAGAAUUAAUUACAAGCAUGAAACUUAAAUGGUGGGCUGAGAACUUGCACGAGAACGAUGAAGCUCCUUCAGAUGACUUAUCCCCGUUAGCAUGA